UCGUUCAGCAUUCAACUACUUUCAAGCUCAUCCUUUGCCCUGUUCGCAGGCGCAGUCGUGCUAGCUGCGGGGUAGUUCUAAACGGUUCAGGGAUUUGGGUCAGCACUGGAUCCAAAAACGCUGACCUGGAGAGCCUAUUUAGGAGACGUCGUCAUAUCGAUCUUUUGAAGAAGGCUAAUCGACGCGACGCUAGCGUGCUGCGUUCAGCGUAGCCUUGCCGCUCCCUGCUACACUACAGACUCAGUACGUGACAGCAGUGUACAUUGGUGUACGUGCCAACCUAGGCUGGAGCCAGUGGAGGUGAUUUAGAAGCAAGUGCUAGCAAUAGCGCUGUUCUUCUUUGAAUAGGACUUCCUGCCGCUGCACAUAACAACAGUACACUACUAUUCUACUCUCUGAUAGUUAGCUGUCCUGCGUGGACUUGGGCGCUAAAAUUGUGUCUAGCCGUGUUCGACUUCUUUCAGUUCAACGACAAAAUAAUCUGGUGCUGUCAUUAGCGCGGCGCUGAGCGGAGAGAGAAUAGUCAGUGCUACAAAUCACGCUAGCUGCGAGUGCUUGGACGAGCGAAGUGUCAACACACAGCCGCUAGGGAUAUUUCUGAGCGAGUUUGCGCUGAGUGAGGCGGACAUGAGGAGAGAGCUGUAGAUGAUAGCGGUGUCUAGGAUCAGUCAUUGGGAUGUCCCUGCGUGACAGUAGUUUCCUGGACCGUACUAAGUCACCGCUGCACGUACAUGUAGCUGAAAGCACACCCGUACAUGUACACGUCAAGAAGAGAGGCAGGUCGUCUAAUGCAUCGACAGCAAAGUCUUUGAGAUCGUCCUCCGCAAUGUCAUCGUCAUAUCAGAGACCAACCGCAUCUAGCAGUCAGAAACUUAGAACUUCUAAGCCUGCUCAACCAACAUGGAUACCUCCACCUGGGAAGUCAGCCACUGGAAGUCUAUCUUGGCAGGGCCCAACUCAUCGUCUUGAAGUACACCGACCCCUAUCACCUACUAAAGGUCUAGCAGAGACAGCUGGGCAUAAUGGAACAGUGCUAAGACUCAGUGAUCUGUCAGACUCCGAUAGUGAUGUCGUACGGGCAUGUGAAAGAAAGAUCGACUCACUGAUGUCAGAAGUUGGAAGUCUAAAGAAUGAGGUUGAUCUACAGCGGUCUUUGAAGCAUGCACAGAGGACAGAAGAACAGUUGGACAGAUCAAGAAGACACUUAGCGGAGAAAGAGACAGCAUUGCAGGUGGCUAGAGAGGAAUUACUAGAUGCAACUCUGGAGUCAGCUCGACUGCGGCGGUCAAUGAAUGGAUUAGAAGUAUCGGCACAUAGACACAAACGUGAAGGAGAUGAGUUACUGAGAAAGUUACUGGAAGUUGAGUUGGAUGGGGCAGCGGCAGCACAGCAAGCCUCCGAACUCAAAAGAACGGUUGCGUUACUUGAAGCUGACAAACGAGCCAGUGUAGUUAUGAACGCGGAGCUGGAGAGGAAGAAAGAUGAUCUAGUCCGGAGACUCACUGAUUUUGACAUCAACAACAAAUCUCUACGAAGAAUGCUACGAACACAACAGAAACGUGAGGAACUAGCUCUGGAGACGCAAUCAAGCAUGGAGAGAAGGAUUUCCAGCUUGGAGUCCACAGCAAUUGAUUUACGAUCUCAACUCAGAGAUCGUAUAGAUGAGAUAGCCAACCUCAAAGCUAACCUUGACACACAGAAGGAUCAAGCUGAGGUAAUGCGUCAACUACGUGACUCGGCGGAAACAGCCCGUAAACAUUUACAAGAUGUCAUCACCAACAAGGAUCAAGAUAUCAGCCGCAAAACCGGCAGACUCACGAGUGUGGAGGCAGAUUUAGCACAUGAACGCUCGGAGAGUGACUAUCUACGCAAGACACUAUCAGACACAAAGGAUCGGUUGCAGCAGGAAAAGGACGCUCUGAAGAAAGCUACAAAACAUCACAAACAGAGAGCCUCGGACAAUGGAACAGCGCUGGAGAUGGCCAAUGUUUCUUUAGCACAGAAAAAUGCUGAAAUUUCAGAAUUAACUCGUCAAUGUGACCAGAUCAGAUCUCAGUUGAACAGAGUAACUCGAGAUAAGACCGGACUGGAAACCGAGCUCACUUCUAUCAGAAGUCGUCUUGGAGAACGUGAUUCAGAGCUUCUAUCAACUCAGCAAUCUUCCAGGGCAACUAGUGAUGGUUUAUCUAUGCAAUUGAGUGCUAAAUCCCAUCAAGUCACUUCACUACAAGCGGAGAAUGAUAGACUAAAGGACACAGUAACAAGUAUGGAACAGAGAUUGGAAGUCAUGGAUACAUCCUCUUCUUCCAAGAACAGUGCAAACCAGGCUGAGAUUGGUCAGUUGAGAGGCAGUAUCAAGCAGUACGAGAGUCUCAUAUCAGAAUACAAGGUACAGCUGGAAAAGUGCAGACGUGAUGUAGAAGAUGCCCAUUCACAACUGCAUAGUCAAGAUGAUGAAUCACGCCGCCUGCAGCAAUCAACCACACUGGAAAUGGAGAAGGUACGAACACAACUACAGACACGUAUCCACGAACUUGAAGCUCUGCCGGAUGUGUUGAAAUCUACUGAAUCACGGCUCAGAGAGACGCAGGAACGGUUGAUUGCGUCUGAAAGACAGAACAACGAACAUUUACGACAGAUUGGCGACUUGACAACUCGAGUUGAAUCGCAGUCUGAUCAAGGAGAUAGUCUACGUACAAAAUGGCAGUCUGUGCUGCAGGAGAAUAGAUCGACAAUAUCACGCGCGGAGCAAGCUGAGAGGCGUUUGCUGGAGUCAGAGCGACGUACAACUGAGCUGAUGGAGCUGCUGGCUAAAAAGGAGGAAGCUCUUCAAAAAGGCCAGGGCCGCAUAGAUGAGAUAGCAAGAGAGCGUUCAAUGACCACUCAGCAGUUUGAGACCUCAUUGUCGGAAUCACGACACAAGAAUGAACAACUCAAAGAUCGCCUUUCAGCCAAAGAACGUGUCCAGAAAGCGCGUAUUGAUGAACUGGAAUUGAAACUUCAGAGAUCGGCUGCUCAGGUUGCUCAACUUCAGUCGGAAAAUGAGGACGCCGAGAGACGGCUGAACAACAAAGUGUUUGACUUGCAAGACCGUCUGGAUCAGGAGAAGCACAAUAACCGCAGCAUGGAAAACUAUGUGUCCUACUUGAAGGCAUCGUACAGCAACGUGUUCGGUGAUAGUACCAUUGGGGCAGGUGCGGCGUACUCGGGAAGAGGAUCGUCUCUCGGCAGCUCGUUUUCAUCACCGAAGAAAGUGCGCUGAGGCAUUGCCUCCCCGGUAUACUGGACAAGUUGUCUUCAUACUGCUGGCAUUCAUUAGCAAGUGUGACACAGUGUGCUGUGGACAUGGCAUUCUGUGCCGAUUGAGAACAGGGCAGGUACAUGCCCGGUCAGCAGUGUUGUCAUAAUGUCUGCUACGCUGCCACACUCUACUCUCAGACAGGCCAUGCGUGCUGGGUAUAUCCCUGCACAAAUAUAUACACUAUCUAUACUGUACUCUCUGACAGGCCCUAUAUGCUGGGUACAUCCCUGCACAAUCUAUGACACUAUCUAUACUGUGCAGAGAGCGGAUGUGCAAAGUGCUGACUAAGUAUACAUGCAGAGAGUUUACAUAUUGGAGUACAGUAGUGCACACUGCUAGUGUUGUGUACAUGCAGCAUAGGUACUGGCAAUGUUGUGUGACGGACUGUUUAUUCUAUACCGCCGACUAUCUUCUUUCCAAUGGAUUCCUUUCUAUGCUCUCUAUGCUCUUUCUCUCUCUCUCUCUCUCUCUCUCUCUCUCUCUCUCUCUCUCUCUCUCUCUAUCUAUCUAUCUCUCUCUCUCUCUCUCUCUCUCUCUCUCUCUCUCUCUCUCUCUAUCGAUCGUUGACGUACUGUGACUAAUGGUGGAAUAUCUGACACCAGUUUAUCCUUUGUAGACAGAAGUAAUGGCAAAUGUUUGUUUCUGCAUAUUGUCGAUAGUCUAUUCUUCCUCUGAGUGAAUUGUGUCUUGUGUAUAUGCUGAUGCUGAUGUGAUAGUGUCUAUGUCUGCAGUGCGCUUGCUGAUGUGUAUAUUUCUGUUACUGCAUGAUUUCUCAAGUACAUGUAUGUAUUGUCACUGCGACCAAUGUGAGUUUGCUCUCAGUACGAUGCACUGUUUGUGUGGCCAUUCAACACCGAAUGCAUUUGAUUUGCGCAAUUCUAUUCAGCCUGACUAUUGAACCUAUGGUGAAACUAUGUACUUUCUUCGAAAUGAUUAUUUCUCGUAUUCUAUUUUCUUUGAAAUGGAUGUGAAUCCCCAGCAUGUGUACACAAUUUGUCACGACGAUGAAAUUGUUCUUUUCUCCUGGUA